GGGAUGAGUCUGUCUCGUCGGUCAGGAGAGAGAGAACUCAUCCCAUCACAGAGAGCCAUCGAAACGAAGGGCUUUGCAUUUGCUUUCUCGCCUUGGGAAUCAAAAAGUCCCAUCGAUCGACCGACCGGUCGAUCCAUAUUCCCCUCCUCCUUCUCCUCCUGCUCUUUGGAAUCCCUCUACACUUCGAGUGGUGGCUUCCAGGCGGACGCGGACGGGGUUUCGAUUCGAUCGAGCGGGACGGGAGGAUCGGCGCCGGAGCCGGUGGAGAGAGAGAGAGAGAGAGGGAAAAACCCAUUUCCUCCUCUCCCCGGGCACCAUCUUAUCUCGAGUAAGCAAGCAUGCCGACGAAUUCAUUCAUUCAUCAUCAGUCUAUCUAUCUAUCUAUCUAUCUAUCUAUCUAUCUAUAAGCUCUAAAGCCAAAGCGUGCUCCUUUGUUGUGUUUUUUGCGCCCGUGCGCGCUGUUUUUAGCGCCGGCAGGCUUUUUUCGGCCCUCCCAUUUUCGUCCCGCGUUUCGCUGUCCGCUUCCCAGCAGAUUAUCAUCCUCAUUCGGUCAUUCCUCCUCCUUCCUGUUGCCAAUAUUUUUUUAGAAAAAAUAGAAUCUUUAAUAUUCCGUUGAUAGAUUGCAUCCUAAUCCCCUCUAGGGAUUUCCGCGCUCUUCCAGCCUCCACAUUUUGUCCCCUUCCGCUUCGAUUCCGCAACCGCUCGCUUACGGUGAUCGUCAUGCAUCCUGAGGUCCCCCCUUUAUCAACCUUCCUCAGAUUCUUUUCAUUGUUUUUCUUCCCUUCCCUUCCCUUUUUCUCUUCCUUCCUACCCGUGCGGUGUUUCCUUUAGAUUUAUCUGCAAUCUUGGCCGGUGAUACGCCACCACUGUUAAAAUUUCUCUAGCUUUACUUUCCGGAUUGCUUACUUAUUUCCUGCUUAUUAGUACUUAAACUCGGCUCAGAAGCCCCACAAAUUUCUGCCGAGUUUGAUUUCUUUGUGGUUAGUUAGACCUACCGGAUUAGUGAAAAAUUUCUUCGCUUGAAUUUAGUGCUGUUAGUCACUAUGGGCAAAACUCCAUAGGCGUCCAUUUUUGUCAUGGACGGCUGCGAGUUCUAAUUUGACUUUAGUAUGUAGCUUCAUGCUUAACUUAGGGCGAUACCAGUUGCUUUAUUGCAGAUUAAGUAACGGGCUAGGCGUUGCAUUGCAUGAAGGCCUCGUUAGCUUCCGCUUGUGUUGCUAUGUUGUCAUAGCCUUAUAGGGCACUUUGAUUCCACAUUUCAAAUUGGUUAGUUCCUGUACAUGUAUCCAACUAUGAGAGUGUUAUCUGCUAUCAUCACCUGUCAUAUGUGACACAUUUUUCAUUGAAACUUUCAAAAUAGAAACAGCAUUCGGAAGGUACACAAAACUGCUAAUUUCAUGUUGUCCAUGUGCUCUAGUUCAAUAACUUUUCAAUGUCUCCACUUCAUGCUGUGUUUUUGCUUAUUGACAAUUGUGUGGCGAUUCUACCUGCUGAAGAGACUGUCAGCUUGCUUCUUUACCUCCGCAAAUCUAGUUGAUCAGAACAAAGAAAAACCUUUAUGAUGCUGCUGAUAUGCUUACAUCAUCUCAAUAGAAAUGUGAUCACAGGUUUUCUGAGAAAUGCUGUGUGCACUUGAAGUAAUUGACACAAGGCUACAAAGCACACCACAUAUUCAGUGCAACAGAUCUUUCGACCAAAAUAUUGGCAGACACUUUUCGAAGUGUCGCCUGAUAUGAAAACCUGUUUCUGUUCAUCCGGGGAACAGGGACACUACAUCAACAAUACUUCCGCUUGGGCAUGAUUCAGAUUGGAAACCAGCACCAUUUUUUUCUAGCAUUGAAGAGGUCAACAAGGUAAUCUCUUUGACGUCAGGAGAUCUAGGUACAGAGGGCCUUGAGUUAUUAUCUGCACAGCCAAUACUACCAUGUUGCUUGGGCCAGCCGAAUGAAAGAAACAUGCAUGAUCAGGCAGAUUCUUCUAAACCAGUUUCCAAUGGAAACCCACACAGAGGAGGCACCUUAAGUCAAUCUCGGCAAAGGAAAACCAUCAGCAAUUCAGCGUUAGCAGUCCCCCCCUGCCAUAUGGUUGCAAAGAAGUUCUCCCGACCUGUCACUACUAUUCUGAGGUCUGAUUCUGACAUUUUGCAUGAUGAUGACAAACCUUCAAAAAGGAGUUAUAAAAAGAAAGGAAACAAGAAAGGGAAACAGUACGGGCGAACGACCCGUAAAAAGUUGAAUUUGGCAUCAGAAAGCACUUUUGAAGAGAAUACUUACGGUGUUUCUCCUAUGGAGGUACUUCCGUCCAAUUUACUGGCUGAUAAGUUGUCAGAGAUUACAUCCUCUGGUAGCCUUUUGGUUAAAAAAGCCCAUUUGGGUGGUGAGAACAACAAUGACUCUGUGAAAUGUGGUACUAUGUUGAAUUUAUCUGCACUAGGAACUGAUGAGACGGAUGGUUCUGAAUGUGCUGGUUCAUCUAAUGACGCUAUAGGAGGGAGAUUAAGCUGCACUUGUGCUCCUUACUUGAAUGAUGAAUCAAAUACUACCGAUUCUUCAGACUUUGACGGAUCCACUUUCGCGGAACAUGGCUUGGGGGAAAAAAGCAAAAGCUGCCAGAAGUUUCCAUGUGCCUAUGUUUAUAACACCGAUUGUGCCACUACAGAUUCCUUCUUUAGCAAGUGGAACAAUGACAAUAGUGGGAACUACAGUGUCAAUGUUGAGGCCGGGUUAACUAUGAAUGGUGAAAAUAGUCAUGAUCAUUCUCAACCGCUGGCUUCCACAGGGCUGAAUGAUGUGAGUAAGUGCCAGUUGAUAAGGCCACAUCUUAGUGCUGCUCAUGCUGAAGGUACCAACUAUCAUUUAGAGAGCAGAUCUUGUUCGUCUAAGGAUGUUACUGAUAGUUGUAGUCAUACUGAAAGAGUUCAGUGCAGCAGUGAGACCUGCAGCAGUAAGGACUCUCUUAAAAUUUGUUCAAUGAGCAGCAAUAGAAGAUCAAGAAAAACAACAAGCUACAGUGAUCUAACUGUGUCUAACAGAGUAAUGAAUGCUAAUAGGAACAAGAGUAAUGGAAAAGAUAGUUUGGCCAUGUGGCAGAGAGUAGAAAAAAAUGACAAGAUCAUAUCUAAAGCAGGACAUUCAAGUAAUUCACCUGUUCAGGAAAAGAGUGCACACGAGGACAGUAACAAGGGUGUACAGGAAGAUCCAACUAGAAAUCGGGCAAAACAUAAUCAGAAUAGGAAAGCAUGCAAACAUGAGUCCCCAAAUGGGACAGUUGAACUGGAGUCUACCAAAGAAGAAGAAGAUGCGUUGGGCUCAUGCCAAACAUUUUCCAAACCCAUCUACAAGAAGCAAGCACUCUUCCUACACCAGCAAAGCUCUUCUUCAAAACAAGAUUCUCAGUCAUCAAAAAACUACUAUGCUCCUAGGAACAGUAUCCCCAAGGUGCCAAAGGAUUCCCUGCAGCAAGAAGAAUUGUCUACGCUAAAGCUAGUUCAUGCCAAUGACAUCGUUGGUAGAUCAACCUCAAAUUCUUGGUUAUCUGACAAAGUUGUUCAAACUGGAGAUAGCAGCAACUAUCCAACUGAGGGAAAUGAGAGGUCACAAUCUAGUAUUGAUGUAGCUGCUUCUGGUGGUGCCCACAUAUCAGAUCCUUACUCUUUAUGUCCUCAAGACAAGGGCACAUACACUAGUUUGAGCUCCAAGAACUCGUGUACAGAUAACUGCAUUGCAGAAACUGAGGAAGCUCGAUGUGUGAAGCUAACAACGGAGAAUAAUUCUCAAGAAUCCUGUAAGUGGGGGUAUUCUGCUGGUGGACACCUGUCACAGAAAUGGGUUCCUGUUGGAAAGAAAGAGGAGUCUAAUGUGAUCCAUAUAGAUAUCUCAGAGGCUUCUGUUGUCAAAGGUAUAGUUCCAGCUGAUGACAUUUCCGGUUCAGUUGGUCCUGUAUCAACGGAUGGUGAAGAUAGCAAAUUAGCUAGUGAAAUGACAUCUAAACUGAGCUCAUCUGAACGCACUGAUUUAAAAAGGCAAGCACAUGAUGGAAUCGAGACUGGUUACAACAAGAUAAAAGAAGCCAUCAGUUAUGUUUUCACAGCACAGCGACGAUCAGAAGACAUCCAACUUCGCAUUGGUAGGCCUCUUGCAGAUUUUGAACAUUUUGUUAGCUCUGCUUCGCCAGUUGUGCACUGUAACCCUUGCCCUGCUGGCUGUAAAUAUUACUUGAAAGAAUGUGUGGAGGAUGGUUUAUGUUUCCAUCAGACUCCAGAAAUCACUCUAAGAACUGUCUGGAAGUGGUACGAAGAACCUGGCUGCUAUGGUUUGGAAGUAAAGGCACAGGACUUCCGUAGAUCAAAAGGCUUGGGGAAUAACAAUUGCCAAAUUACUACCUAUUUCGUGCCAUAUCUAUCUGCCGUUCAACUUUUCAAAAAGACUAAAAGAACCAGUGGUGGAAGCAUUGUUAAGAAAACAAUGGAUGGGGAUAUGACAUGUGAAACGUCUCCGCAUCAGAACCUGCCACCUAUCUUUGCAAAGCUUCUGCCACAACAAUCUAAUCCAAGAAACAGAUCAUCUACCUUUCACACUGAAGAUGAUCAACAGUUAGUCAGUGGCGAGCUCAUAUUUGAAUUUUUUGAAUCUGAACAACCAUACUCACGGCGACUGUUGUUUGACAAGGUAAAUGAGCUGAUUGUUGGUGCGAAACCUGUGAAUUGCCAAAUUUUUGGAGACCCGAAGAGUUUGGAGCUGAGCCUGCAUGAUCUCCAUCCAGCCUCUUGGUAUUGUGUCGCAUGGUAUCCCAUAUACCGUAUACCAGAUGGUAAAUUGCAGGCUGCAUUCUUGACGUAUCAUUCUCUUGGGCACUGGAUUGGUCAGAGUAGCUCAGCAGACGAGGCUGUUAUUUUGCCUGUCAUAGGCCUGCAGUCUUACAAUGACAAGGCGGAGCGGUGGUUUGAGAUGAGCAAACCCGAUUCAGAAGCUGGUGGGCCAGCGGAGGAUGGACAGUGUAGUGAAGCGCCCCAGGUUCUGAAGCAGAGGGUGCGAGCUCUGAAUGAUGCUGCAGCGGCGAUGUCCAGGGCCAACGUGGCCAAGAAUGGGCAGAUGACUAGAAACAGGCACCCGGAUUACGAGUUCUUCAUCUCACGCUACCGAUAGCUCCGUCCUGAAGCAGUGGCUGGAGCUGUGUACGCUGCAGAUCUAGCUCUGGGAACUACUGUACUCUUUAUCUGUAUGUAUAUAUUAGCAGUGAUCUGUGGAUGAUAGCAGAGGGAGUGAGUUUUGUCGGGUUUAGGGUGAUGUGUACAUAUGAAAACAACCAAUCACUAGUGCAGUUAGUGUUGACUGUCAGUAUAUGCUACCUCGUGACUUUGUUAAGUAGUACAUGCUGCAACUGCAAGUGAUGAUGGACGAUCAGGAACGAAGCACAAUGCAGAUGAUCAUUCAUGAGUGAGGA